AAACAUAUAGCCCAAGUCGGUUUGACGCGCUCGGUGUUGGAUGACAGCUGCGUUCAUGCGGACAAUUCUCUCAGUCGCAACUCCUGCACGCGCCGCCGCCGCUGUCUGGAAGCCGCGCGCGAGGCUGAUCGGACUUAAAAACCCGCCGGGAGACGCUGGAACAAAUAGCCGCGGAUGCAGCGGGGGAGAGAGAGAGGCAUGGCACCUAUCUGGAAACAUAUAUGAUUCAAUGCACAAUCGACAGUCUGGGGACCAGAGAGGAUUGCAAAGCAAAGGGUUUGGAACAGAUGCGCGCUCUCCUGUCUUUAUAUAUUUCUUUUCUUUUAAUUUUUAAUCGCGGUGUGGCUCCCGGCUCCAUCAGCGCCUGUUGCAUCCAGGAUAUUCAUUCUCCCUGAGAUGUGCUGCUGUCUCCGCCUCCCCCCCCUCUCUCCAAAGUCAAUGUCCACUGUUGUCAUCCAUUUAAGCAAGAGCUGUUGAUGCCUUUUACAUCUUGGUCUGUUUCCGUUUCAUAAAGUGAAAGCUCCGUCUGCUCCUAGUGAAAAUAAAACAUGUUGGCGGCUAUGUCUAAAGACAACGCAUCUGGUGAAAGAAUGAAUGCUGAUGAAUGUAAUGGAGGCUCAUAUCCACAAGGUAAUGGCGGCGAAUCAACAGCAGAGCAGGAUUUUUAUGGUGGGUUGCGGGCCACUUCUGCAAGAUCUCCUAGCAGCCAGCAGUCCUCUCCCCUUCGCUCAUUAAGUGACUCUAUUAAGGUGGAGCUGUGUAGCGAUGAAGAGUCUUCAGGUGCCCGUCAGUCUGAGAACAAAGAGGCCGUAGGGAGUGACAGUGGGAAAAAUGACAGAGCGGGUCCUGCUGAAGAAGGAGGUGCUGCUUUUGCCGGGAGCAGAGGAGAGGGAGGAAACAUUUACAAUGAGACGGCUACUCCUAAUUCGGCCUCGCCUGGACCUAUCCGGCUGCCCAACGGGAAGCUGCAGUGUGAGGUGUGUGGGAUGGUCUGCAUUGGACCUAAUGUGCUGAUGGUCCACAAGCGCAGCCAUACAGCCCAAAAAUCAACGCAAAUGUUUGCAGGCGAGCGUCCAUUUCAGUGCAACCAGUGUGGAGCCUCCUUCACCCAGAAGGGUAACCUGCUGCGUCACAUCAAACUUCAUUCAGGAGAGAAGCCUUUCAAAUGUCCUGUUUGCAGCUAUGCCUGCCGCAGGAGAGAUGCUCUGGCAGGUCAUCUGCGCACUCAUACAGUUUCUUCCCCUACGGUGGGAAAACCUUACAAGUGCACCUACUGCAGUCGCAGCUAUAAGCAACAGAGCACGCUGGAGGAACAUCUGGAGCGCUGCCAUAGUUACAUGAAGACUCUGGAACCUGCACAGAUGCAACUAGGUGAAGAGUCAGUAAAUAUGGAAAGCAUCUCUAAGCCUGCGUUGCAGCCGUCCAAUGAGAAAAGGCCGUUUGUGGACAGACUGACUGUCAGCAUAACCAAACGCAAGAGGUCAACGCCACAGAAGUUUUUAGGAGAAAAGCACAUGCACCUUGAACCACCAGAAGCACCUUACGAACUGUCCUCUGGCUCUGAAAAGGAAGGGGAUCUCCUGAGCUCCCAUUCUGCUGGAGACUCAUCCGGUCUGGUUAGUUCACACCUCCACUUUGCGAGAGGUAAAGGUGAGAACCACGAGUCCCCCUCGCUGCCUCAGCUCCACCCAGGCUUUGUGGCGGAGCUACGAACUGUUGUUGGUUCCCUCAACAGCAAUGUGGUUCCUCAGGCCCUCCGACCUCAUGGGAGUGUGGGGCUUGCAGCAGUGUCAGCCGGGCUCCCCAGGGAGGCUGGGGAAGGCCGGGAUGACCAGCCCUCCACGCACAGUCACACCACCUCACCCAACGGCUGUCCAGACUCUACGGACACAGAAAGCACAGCGGAAGAGCAGAGCACAAGGGCUUCGGCCCCGACGAGUACCUCCAACAACCAUCACCUCCACUACCUGACCCCAGCGCUGCCCCGCAGCCUCCCCACUGCCAGCCCCAGCCAAGCCAAAGACUUGGAGACAGAGUGGGGCCCUGUGCCCCCGGGUGUAAUAAAGAGGAACCAAGGAUCACCGCUCUCUGCUAGGAACAAUUUGCAGGUUUUAGACAGGGCCGGCAGGCCGGUGCGUUCCUUCUACUGCCGGCACUGCUGCAUCCUCUUCCUGGACCACGUCAUGUACACAAUCCACAUGGGCUGCCACGGCUUCCGCCAACCGUUCGAGUGCAACAUCUGCGGCCACCCCAGCCAAGACCGCUACGAGUUCUCAUCUCACAUCAGCCGUGGAGAGCACCAGGUGGGCUGAAGACGAGGGGGGGCUGUACGAGGAGGGGGUUGUUGCUGUAAUCUAAAAGGGGGCUCAUGUUUGUUCUGCACCAGAUCAGCUGCUUUAAAUCCCUACUUUAAGUCAAAUAAAUCCUGAGUUUACUUUGGACUUAUAUCCCACAUGGCAUAGGUGAGUGGAAAAUCGUUUUAAGGCAUUGGUUAGAUUAGUUUAGACAAGUAAAUUAUGUACAGUAAGUGAUUGCACUCCCUUAUCAAAUCACAUGGCAAACUAAAGGUUUUGCCUCAGAAGUGCCUUUGGGGAUUUCCUCUGAACACACACUCUAACACAACAAAACACACACCCACACAAAAAGAAACAGAGGAGAACUGGUGCUCAAGAAACUCGAUUAGCCAUCCUUUCCUCGGUUAUUUAGGGAAUGAUCACACCUAGGAGGUCAUGUUCACAUGCAGUUCUUGAAAGCAUUUAUCAAAAAUAUAUUUUAUCCAAUGUGCACUAAGAUUUCUGCAUUAGUGGCUGAGGAGGGUGCUUUUGUGUGUCAGGUUUGCUACAUAUGCACUGAGAGCGGUGUGUCUAUGAGUGUGGGGGGGAGUUUUUGUCACAGAUGAAGCACAGACGCGGACUGCCUUAACUCCUACAGUUGUGACUGUUGUAGGAAAACAUAUUGUUUACAGCUCGGUUCAACGGCGCGCCAAGUAGGCAUGGGCUGGUGGGAGAUUUUAAUGGUAUAGCAGUAAAACAAGCCAGGCUUUUAUUUUUUUUUAUUAAAUAAUUUUAUUUCUUUUUUUUAAUAAAACCAGUUAGCAAAAAACAUUCCAACUAAAAUAUUAGUUACAAUUAUAACAUCAUCUAAAUAAUUCUUGAUGUAAUUAUUGUUUCUUUUAACUAAAUCCAAACUUUGAAUAAACAACUACAACAGUUAGUUGUGCUUUGUAGUG